AUGUCUACUAAGAGGGAAAUCAAAGAACUUCUUGAACUUGAAAAAGAAAAAUCAGAACAGUUAGAAAAUGAAAUAGCAACAAUUCACCAGAGGUUGAAGAAAACUGAAAGUGCUUUGAGUUUGAAAGAAAUAGAAAUGAAAUAUAAAAAUGAACCAAAACCAAAUAAAACUGUCUAUGUUGCGAGAGAGAAAAAGAUUGCAAGGUUGUGUGGUAGACCUGUGAAAGAGAGUGACCCCGAUGUAGCAGAAUGGUUAGAUGAUGCUAGGCAACAUUUAAAAGUUAUUGAUGAUGAAGAUGCAAAGAUAGAUUUUUUGAUGGACAAUUUAGGUGGUCAGGCAAAAGAUGAAAUAAGAUUAAGACCUAGAAUGGAAAGAAAUACAUCUGACAAAAUUCUAGAUAUCAUUAAAGAUGUUUUUGCAAGUACAGAAACUUUGGGCGCGUUGCAACAGCAAUUCUAUCAAAGAGAUCAGAAACAUGGCGAGUCGUUGCAAAAUUACUCUUUAGCAUUAAUGAAAUUACUCGACAAGAUCGUGGCAAAAGAUUACAAAGCUGUAAGCGAUUUCGAUGAGAUGUUAAAAGAGCGGUUUGUUGAAGGCAUUCGUGAUUCAUCUCUCCGAAGAGAGAUUAGACGUUUUUCGUUCGAACAGAAAUCUAUGCCUUUUGGUGAAUUUAGACAAACGGUGUUGCAAUGGUCUGAAGAUUACAAGAGUGAGCCACUAGGUAAGUCAUGCUCAGUACAUGAAACUAGCAUUCAAGAGAGUAUGAAAACAAAGGUUACAAAAUCACAUGAUGAUGGUCAAUUAUCAGAGAUUCUUGAUAUUCUUAAAUUGCAACAAAAGCAAAUAGAUGAAAAUCAAAAAGAGUUAAAGAAAUUAUCAGAAGAGGUUAUGAGAAAAAUAAAUCCACAGUUUGAAACCAAACCUUUGCAAGGAAGACAAUUUCCUAAAGUCAGACAAUCCCAUUUAACAUGUUUCCGUUGUAGCGGAAAGGGACACAAAGUACAAGACUGUAGUACUCAGUUAGAAAACAACAAUCCUCCACGUAAAGGUAGGUCACAAGGGGCACCUGUCUCUAAUUUUCCUUUAAACGCGAAGCGUCUGUUGUAGAGAGUCGCCCAGCAGAU